GUUUGUCGGCGGCCGGGAAGGGAGGAGGUACGGUCGAAGCCGAGACCCAGGCCAAGCUGGAGCUGACCAGCCUUGACUUGGGCCCAGAACUCGGCUCCAGUCCCGCGCGGACCGGAUUGUAGGACCGCGGAGUGGAUGGAGCGGGCCCACCCCUGAGGUCAACGGCAGCCCACUGGGCCUGGCUCGGGGCCCACAGGGCGGGCGGGCCGGCGGACCGGAGCCGCCCAGGGCCUUCCCUCAGGUCCCCGGCGAGGGGCCUUGGCCCCGCCCUGCCCUGCAACCAGGCCCGGCCCGGCCCUUUGCCACCGGAGUCGAUCCGAACAGAAGUGGAGUCCUCACCGGGGCCAUAAGCCAGUGACUAGGGCGGACCCGGGCCUCCCGUCGGGGCCGGCCUGGGACGAGGCCCCGGGGAGGCCCCUGGCCCACUAGACCCUUCGCUUAGGCCGACGCCCGCCGGGAAGAUGCAGCGCGCCCUACCCGGCGCCCGCCAGCACCUGGGGGCCAUCCUGGCCAGCGCCAGCGUGGUGGUGAAGGCCCUGUGCGCGGCGGUGCUGUUCCUCUACUUGCUGUCCUUCGCCGUGGACACGGGCUGCCUGGCUGUCACCCCGGGCUAUCUCUUUCCGCCCAACUUCUGGAUCUGGACCCUGGCCACCCAUGGGCUAAUGGAACAGCACGUGUGGGAUGUGGCCAUCAGCCUGGCCACAGUGGUGGUGGCUGGACGUUUGCUGGAACCCCUCUGGGGGGCCUUGGAGCUGCUCAUCUUCUUCUCAGUGGUGAACGUGUCUGUAGGGCUGCUGGGGGCCUUCGCCUACCUCCUCACCUACAUGGCUUCCUUCAACUUGGUGUACCUGUUCACUAUCCGCAUCCAUGGCGCCCUGGGCUUCCUAGGUGGUGUCCUGGUGGCACUGAAGCAGACCAUGGGGGACUGUGUGGUCCUGCGUGUGCCCCAGGUGCGCAUCAGCGUGGUGCCCAUGCUGCUGCUGGGGCUGCUGCUGCUACUGCGGCUGGCCACGCUGCUCCAGAGCCCGGCACUGGCCUCCUAUGGCUUUGGGCUGCUCUCCAGUUGGGUGUAUCUUCGCUUCUACCAGCGCCAUAGCCGAGGCCGAGGGGACAUGGCCGACCACUUUGCUUUCGCCACCUUCUUCCCUGAGAUCCUACAGCCUGUGGUGGGGCUGUUGGCGAACUUGGUGCACAGCCUCCUGGUGAAGGUAAAGAUCUGCCAGAAGACAGUGAAGCGCUAUGAUGUGGGGGCCCCAUCCUCCAUCACCAUCAGCCUCCCAGGCACAGACCCUCAAGAUGCAGAGCGGAGAAGGCAACUGGCCCUGAAGGCCCUCAAUGAGCGACUGAAGAGAGUGGAGGACCAGUCUGUCUGGCCAAGCAUGGACGACGAUGAAGAAGAGGCUGGGGCCAAGGUGGACAUCCCUCUGCCCUCAGACAAGGUCCCCACACUCCCGGGGAAGGGGGCUGCCCCAGAAUCCAGCCUGAUCACCUUUGAGGCAGCUUCCCCGAAGCUGUAAUCCAGACCAUCUUGAGUGUAGUACCUCCUCUCCCAUGCCACCCCUCGACACCUUCUCAGCUACUCUGAGGAGAGAGAAGAUGGUCUGCUGGGGGUUUCCACAGCCUUCUGCUAUUUCUCGCCAACACUACCCAGGACUCUUGCUACCUGGUUCCAACUCCAGACAACCACUAUGUCAGACAUGGGGCCUCCAAAGCAUCAGCCAGCCAAGGCCAUCUGAGAUAAGACUGCACCUCAGCAGGCAGCCCCAAGCAAGUGGCUGCAGGGACACUGGUGCCACAGCUUCUGGGUCAACCCUCACCCCUGAUACUGGUUGCUGAGAGCCCUGAGCCAAGGCAAGGAUUUGCCAAAAACAUUCUGGGGGGUCCAGCCAGUGCAGGAGCCAGCACAGGGCUGCAUAUCCCUGCCCACCCCCAGAAGGACUAUGUUCACCUCAAGAUUUCUGGUUCCUUCUGCUGUGGCCACAGCUGUUUCUAGGCCAGAAUAGCCACAGCUCCCAGGUAUUUUCUACAGGACCACUUGAGCGGGCAACUGAGCCCAGCCGUGCAGUAUCAAUAAAGCAGUUCUUUGAGGUAUGA